AAACAAAAGAACAUGUUGUGGUCUUGGAUGUGUAUUUUUAAUGCACAUAAACAACACUUUUACUGCAAUGCCAUCUGUGUCCCUAAACUAAAAAAGACCAGGCUCCGAGCGGCUGAUAUUUAAAAAGUCCCCUCAGGUGCAUGGCCCCAGCCACAAGCACCCAAACGAUCGGGAACCAUUGAGGAGACAUGUUUGCCGUUGAGUAAUGGAAUUCAGCUUCCUACUUUUUUCCUGUGUCUUACCAAACCAUGUGUCACGUCCACUGUGUUAGAAUCACAUAACGAUGAGCAUUAGUCUUCCAACACCUGUGAUGCCCUCAAGUGGCCGCUAGGGCGCACUAAACACCGCCGAUGCGCACUCCAGAGAGGUUGUCAUUGAAAGCACCUUCUAAAACCUAUGACAUCAUUUGACUUUUCAUUAGCAGGCGGUAAUUAAACUUUCGAUGUCAUUAUACCCUGACAGGCAACCUAGCGGGCAUCUUUUUAGUAUUUGGAAAGAGCUUCUUGAGGUAAAUUCAGCUCUAGGUCGGGACUGAAACCUUAAAUGACCCAACCUGAGUGGAAUUAGCAGCCGCGCACGGUAAUUUCAUAUAAGGAUAUUAAACAAGCCGUCAGAGAGCUCGAUUAGUUUGGUGCUUUAUCAUCUUUGACACAAUGACGAAAAGCGCGUUAGUUUGCAAAGAAGUCACGUCCACCCCUCCCUCUGUCUUUUCUCCCCCACCCUCUUUUUUUCUUCUCUCCAUCUCCCCUCUGCCUCUGAUUGGUUUUCUCCAAACAUAAUUGGAGGCAAAAUGUGACAUCCUCAAUGUCAUGGACAGGAAUGAGGCUUCGCCGGCAUCUGCUGCCACCAUGAAAAAGAAGGCGGUGGGCGCCGAGGGAUGCAGCCACAUCAGCGCACCAAAGGCUGCCGUCUCCAAAUGCACGAGAAGCGACAGCAGUCAGAACGGUCUGGACCCCGGUUCCCCCGGAGCAGCGAGCGGUGAGCUGCGCGGUGCCGCCAGCAACGUCGUGAUGGACGAGACGGAGGACGGAGAAGGGGAGUCCAAGUUUCAGCAUCCGCGGUUGCGCCGUGCCGGGGGGAGCGGCAGCGGCGGAGGAGGAGGAGGAGGAGGCGGAGGAGGAGGAGGCAGUAUCAGGAUGAAGAACUUUACGCCAGGAGGGGGAGCCGCGUCCUCGGGUUCCAGGAGAAACUCCAACAAGGAGCUUUGCCAUACGCACCCAGAGGACGCUGCUGCCGCUCCACGGCCCACUGCUGCCUCCAGAGCUACGAAGACCCAGACACCCUGUCCGGGCGAUGCUGCCCAGCGCGGCGAGACCAGCAGAGCAUCCGGGGCCGAGGCGUCGGGAUCAGCGGUCGCGUCAGAGGUUUUAAACGCGACAGCCGGUGAUGGUUGCAAAAGCGUCGCUCCAAUUUCCAGUAUGAAAUGCAACAAAAACGGAGAAUGCAGGAGGGACUCGGGUACCGGGAGCCUGCGCUCGAUCAUCUCCAAGCAGGAGAGGCAGACGGGAGGGUCGGGGAGGGCCGAGGAAGGAGGGGGCGCCAAGCGAGGAGCCCGUAACUCGACCACCGCCAGCAUGGACGGUUCGAUCACGCCAGGCGGGUCCCUGACCGGUGGGCACGGAGGAGAGAGCGUGAACCCCGGCACCACCCCCGUGUCCGGCGGUGCCCCCGAGAAAAGGGACUCCAAGGUGUCCUUUUCAAACGCACCAAGUCGGAAAGCGUCGUCCUCGCUGCACGGCCCAACUCAGACUCAGACCCAGCAGCCUCGGAACUCGGUGACUUUCCUGAAGCCGGAGGAUGGACCGCCCAUUGUGCCCGCCGAGGACGCGGAGCCUCAAGGCAGCCAAGUCAGCUUCAUGCAGCGGCAGUUUAGUAGUAUGCUUCAGCCUGGAGUUAACAAAUUCUCUCUGCGCAUGUAUGGUAGUCAAAAAGCAGUGGAGAGAGAGCAGGAGAGGGUCAAAUCAGCUGGGAAUUGGAUUAUCCACCCUUACAGCGAUUUCAGGUUCUACUGGGAUUUCACAAUGCUGCUGUUUAUGGUGGGCAACCUGAUCAUCAUCCCUGUAGGCAUCACCUUCUUCAAGGACGAGACAACUACGCCCUGGAUCAUCUUCAAUGUGGUCUCUGACACCUUCUUCCUCAUGGACCUGGUGCUCAACUUUCGCACUGGAAUCAUCAUUGAGGACAACUCAGACAUCAUUUUGGACCCUAAAACCAUAAAGAGGAAGUACUUAAAAACAUGGUUCAUUGUGGACUUUGUGUCCUCCAUCCCAGUGGAUUACAUAUUCCUCAUAGUGGAGAAAGGGAUUGACUCGGAGGUGUACAAGACUGCUCGGGCCCUGCGGAUAGUCCGCUUUACCAAGAUCCUAAGUCUUCUGAGGCUGUUGAGGCUCUCCAGAUUAAUACGCUACAUACACCAAUGGGAAGAGAUCUUCCAUAUGACUUAUGACCUGGCCAGUGCCGUGAUGCGGAUAUUUAACCUGAUUGGUAUGAUGCUGCUGCUGUGUCACUGGGACGGCUGCCUACAGUUCCUGGUUCCCAUGCUGCAGGACUUCCCCUCAGACUGUUGGGUGUCCCUAAACAAGAUGGAGAACGAUACCUGGUCUGAGCUGUACUCCUUUGCUGUGUUCAAGGCAAUGAGUCACAUGCUUUGCAUCGGUUACGGCCGGCAGGCCCCGGAGAGUCUUUCAGACAUCUGGCUCACCAUGCUGAGCAUGAUUGUAGGAGCAACUUGCUACGCUGUUUUCAUUGGCCAUGCAACGGCCCUUAUCCAGUCCUUGGACUCCUCCAGACGGCAGUAUCAGGAAAAGUACAAACAAGUGGAGCAAUACAUGUCCUUCCACAAGCUGCCUUCCGACUUCCGGCAGAAAAUCCAUGACUACUAUGAGCACAGAUACCAGGGCAAGAUGUUUGAUGAAGAGAGCAUUUUGGACGAACUCAGUGAGCCUCUCAGAGAGGAAAUUGUGAACUUCAACUGUCGCAAGCUGGUGGCCUCCAUGCCGCUGUUUGCCAACGCGGAGCCGUACUUUGUGACGGCCAUGUUGACCAAGCUGCGUUUUGAGGUAUUCCAGCCGCAUGAUUACAUCAUAAGGGAAGGAACCAUUGGGAAGAAAAUGUACUUCAUUCAGCACGGAGUCUGCAGCGUCAUCACUAAGGGAACUCUGGCAAUGAAACUCUCUGACGGCUCUUAUUUUGGAGAGAUCUGCUUAUUAACGAGGGGUCGGCGAACGGCCAGCGUGCGAGCCGAGACUUACUGUCGACUCUACUCGUUGUCCGUUGACCACUUCAAUGAGGUGCUCGAAGAAUAUCCCAUGAUGAGGCGCGCCUUCGAGACCGUUGCCAUCGACCGUCUAGACCGCAUAGGUAAAAAGAACUCCACCCUGAUGCACAAGGUUCAGCAUGACCUCAACUCUGGUGUCUUCAACAAUCAGGAGAACGAGCUGAUCCAGGAGAUUGUCAAGUACGACCGUGAGAUGGUGAAGUUGGUGGACCUGCAGCGCCCACGCGCCAUGUCAAUGACCCCGUCCAUUGGCGGCAUCUUUGCUCCCCCCGGUCAGUCGCAGUCGGGCUCUGCUAUCGCCACGCUCCAGCAGGCCGUGGCUAUGAGCUUUUGUCCUCAGAUGGCGAGUCCGCUGGUGGGUCCAGGGACUCUGCAGUCUCCUCGUAUGGUGCGACGGUUCCAUGUGAUGCAGAGCCUGGCCAGCCCGGUCGCCAUGUCUCCUCUUCAGUCUCAACCUCCUCAAACGUUCGGAGGGGCGUUUGGUUCAGCGAUCUCCAGCCCGCCUGUUCAGAGCCCGCUCGCAGCUUCAGGUCGGACUUUCCAGUACAUGGCAAGCGCAGGACCCUCUGGUUCCCAAUUGUCUCUAGUACACCACCAUGCCCCCAGCCCAACACAGACCCAGCAGAGGCCUGCCUCUCACAAGAGCACCCACUCCCUCCACGCAGGCAGCUUGAGCCAGGAUACCCGGGCCAUAUCUGCCUCCCAGCUUUCACUUCCCCAGGAAGGAACACAACAAGCGGCCUCUGCAGCCCCCAGCCCUCCACCAUCCACCCGCACCUCCAACAACUCCAUUGGUCCCCCGCAGCCCCCUCACCCCAACCUGCCAGGGCCCUCGGGGGUGGGGAGAUCAGCAGGAGCUCAACAAAGGGUGGCCUUUGCCUCCACUCCCUCUCCCGGUGGACCUGCUGGAAAAGGGGCAGUAGCAGCAGCUGCUGGAUCAGGACCUCCAGACUCCGGAGUUCCCAAGAAAGAUUCAAUUGUCAGCCUUCCAGAGCUAGACUCUGCCAGAUCCCGGCUGUCUUCCAACUUGUGACCCUGGUAGAGUUCAGGAAAGAGGCCUUUUUUUGUAGGAGAAUCUGUUUGUUUUAGGUCAGACCAGCUGAUUCAUCAGCCUGCUAAAUGACCGAUCAGCAGCCGCCAGCGGCACCAGUCGGUGCACCUGGAUGCACGGCUCGCUGGUGUCAGGAGAAGGAAAAGAUCAAGUCUUUUGAGUCUAGACACUUUGGUUAGGAGGAGUCUAUACAAUUAAACUAGUAUAACUUAAGGUGGAACUGGUCUAGUCUACUGUGCCAGCAACUUUAGUCUUAGUAUCACCCCUUACACUGCUUCCAAACACCUACUGUAUAUCGCUGUCUUUACUGUAAAGAUAUGAAGAAAAGUAUGAUUUAUGUAACUAUUGCAUACUGUGUAGAAUCCAUGCAAUGCAAUCUAGCAGGAGCUGGACUUAAAAAUGAAAAUCAGGGACUUGAGGUCAAAUGACAAUGACAUUUUAAGCGUUUAAAAAGUGUUUUGAGUGUACUUUUUCUGUAUAAGCUGUCGUAGCAAAAGAACACAUUGCUCUUCAUAUUGUUUAAAAUAGUAGUGAAAAUAGUGUUUUAGACCGCUGGUCGAUCUUACAUCGAUUUGUAAAUAGUUGAUGAAAAAAUACAGAGGGAUAUUAUAUUCAUUGUAUCUACCCAAACCAAAGUUGAGCUUGAACACAAAGUCUGGUUGUGUCUGUAUCAACUAAAAAAGAAACAUAGAAGAAAAUGCCAUUUAUUUAACUGCCUUGAUUCAACGUUAGAAGCCAUAUAUUUGGUUUGUGUGUAUGUAUAUAUGUGGGUGUAAGUUUGUGUGCAUGAGUUUGUUGGGUCAUUUUGGUUACAUUUUCAAAGAAUGGACUCACACACAGAAGCGCAAUUGGUUUCACACGCUAACGGCAACGCUGACCUGUUUUCAUGAAACAUCUGGCAGGCGGUCAGCUGUUUAGUCGGCGCACUGAUUGUAACCCUGAAGGCAAAGGUGGUUAAAUAAUCUGAGCUUUAUUGAAAGGAAACAUUUGUGAACAAUCCACACUGUAUACUUGCUUGUUUUUGUCUAGGUUUAUUGAUUAACACAUGCAAUAUAAUUCUGCAAUACUCUACCCCGCCUAUAUAUAUAAAUAUAUAUGAAUAUAAAUAUCUUUACAUAUGCUGUACAGGAAAUUUUUCCUUUCAUUUCUUUUUAAUGUGAACUCUUAAAGAAUCCAGCAGCUAUUGUGGCUUCACUUGAAGUAUUGUAAUCCAGUGACCAUGUUGUUACGUUAACCAAAAAUGUUGGGAGGGAAUGAGAGGACAUGUCAUUUUUAUUAAAACAUAAGGGACAAACUGCUCAAAACUGGUCCCAGGAAGAAUUCUCACUUUGAGUUCAGCAAGUCAGAUCCUCGAAAACGUCACUUUAAACACCAUUUGAAGAUAUUAAAUUGUAAGAUGAAUGGGGGUGGGAUGUAUGGGGCACUAAUGCCCCACAUGAACCCAAAACUCCCACGAAUGUCUCAAUAGUUUGAUCCACAACAAACCCAUUUUUAAAAUUCCGGCAUUGGGUUUUUGGCUUUGGUUAUAUUUGUUCAAAAUAUUCUGAUCCUGUUGAACCUAAAAGCCUUCUCUUGCUGAAUGUAUGCCAUAUGAGAAGGAAGACAGCUAAUCAGAUAUAAACUGCCAUGUAAAUAAAGGGACAGAGAUUUAAAGAGGCUUUUAUGAUGCAAGGAGCAAGGCGAGGCAUUGCUGUACGUGUUGCUGCGUGUCUGUGUGAUCUUUUUCAGUUUGACGAUCCUUUUCUGGGUAGAACGUUGCUGUGUUGAAACUG